AUGACCGGAAAGGAUGAUUCCCUUCAGUCAAUCAGUACUCGUUUGGAUGGAAAGAAUUAUAUGUAUUGGAGUUACGUUAUGAAGAGCUUCCUUCAUGAGAAGAAUAUGUGGGGCUAUGUCACUGGGACUAAAGCCAAACCCUUAAUACCUCAAACUGAGAAUUUUUAUUUGUUACUUGAUGCUUGGGAAACUGAUAACUCCAAGAGUAAUCACGAUUCUGCUUUGUUUAUUAGAUGCUCGAGUGUAGGACGGAUUCUUCUGUCCUUAUAUGUGGAUGGCAUCAUUAUUACGGGUGAUGACCAUGGUGGUAUUGAGUCUUUGAAGCAUGAUCUAGCCUAUCGAUUUGCUAUGAAGGAUUUGGGAUUGUUGCGUUAUUUCUUGGGUAUUGAGGUAGCUCAGUCUAAGAAAGGGUAUCUUCUUUCUCAGAAUAAAUAUAUAUCUAACUUGUUUACACGGGCAUGCCUUUCUGACAAUCGGACUGUUGAUACUCCUCUUGAAACCAAUGCACGAUACUCUCCUACUUAUGGUGAUCCUUUAUCCGAUCCGAACCUUUCUCGCACUGUUGUGGGAAGCUUGGUCUAUCUCACAGUUAUUCGUCCAUAUACUGCUCAUGUUGUUCAUGUUGUCAGUUACUUUGUUAUUGCCCCUACCUCUGUUCAUUGGGGAGUUGUUCUUCGUAUUCUGAGAUAUCUUCGUGGCACUUAG